AUGGAAAAGUGUUCUGAGGACCAGAACGAUGUUCAGAUGCCGACCAGUUCCCCCCUCGUCGAUGCUGACCCUGACCAGUCCUCACUUGCUGGGAGGUCUGACAGCAGUCGAUCACCCUCUCAGACUGGGUUGGAGAUUCUUAUUGACAGUCAAGAACAGGAAGCAGAGGAGGUCAUGGAGGACCAAACUGACAGAGCAGAAACAUUAUCGUGCCAUGUUGCUGUCACAGACCCAGUAAAAUGUGCUUUGUUUCAAAGCAGCACCUUUCAACAGGAUGUGCAGAAGGACAACCCAAAUUGUAGCAUCCAGAACAAAGAUGAUGGCGUGUACAUUGAAGGCCCUAAAAAGCUUCAGCUAGAGCAACUAAAAGGCGUGAUCUCAGACUUUUUCGGAAACAUGGUAGAACGUCAUUUCAUCCUUGAGCUGGAAAAAGCUAGCUUCCUUGACAGAAAAGAUGUGCGAGAGCGUUUAUUACAAACCAUAAAUCAAACUGGAUUGUCUUCUUUGUACACUGUGUCAGACUCUACCGUCUCUGUAACAUCCUUGUCCCAAAACUCUGCCGACCAGACGUGUAGCUUUUUAAAAUCCCAGGUGUGUUGCUUCAGCAUGCCUGUGGAGAAGGAGCAUGAGGGCAUGGUAUACUGCAGAGAGUUGAGCGAGUUCCUGCAGUCUCUGGAUUUCACCUCUGCAAAGGUGUCACAACAAGGAGGGAAUAUUGAUGUUCUAACUUUGAAAGGAAUGGAGGGUGAGAAACAGGCUGCAAUCACGCAGUUUCUCUCUACACCCAUUGAAAGGGAGACGGUCAUCUGUAUGGAGCCAGGCAUGCUGAAGUACAUCCAGAUACAUUGUCAUCAGCUGCUGGCUGACAUGGAUCAAGUGUCAAUUUUUCCACUUGAGGCUGAAGAUGCUUGUGGAUUAAAGAUCCAUGGCCAUGCAGUUGCUUGCCAAAUGGCAGAAGAGGUGUUACAAGGUGUGGUCUCCUCUAUCUGCACCCGAACCAUCAAAACAAAUGCUCCAGGAGUGGCUCGAUUUUUAGACGAAAAGGAGUGCAGGAGCAUCAUUAAUGAGAUGGAGACCAAGUUUCAGGUCUACAUCUGCCCAAUUUAUGUGCCCUGGGAGCCCCCGCCACACCAGGAUAUUUUUGAGGCCGCAUGGCACAUGAUGUCUCAGAAAAACUUCCAGAAGUUAUCUGUGGAUGGCUCUGCUCAAGAUGUGAAAUUGGAUUCAGUGCAGACAGACUGCAAUGGUACUUCAAACAGAGGACUUUUCGACGGGGCAAACAAAGCGCCCACUCCAGGCCAGCUUGAGCUGGAUGAUAUGGAUCUGUACACAGCAGAAGAACCAAAAGACCUGACAGACCAGGUAUCCGAUGGGAGAGCUGUUGACUCUUCUCAGUCCUCAGCAGGUCAGAGUGCUGCAAGUGGAUCACUUCUUUGGACUGAUGGAAUUGCAGGCAUCAGUAGUGACUUGGAAGAAGAGGCCCAGCUUUCUUUAGCUAUCCAAUAUUCUUUGGAGUCAAGCCAAUGCUUCCUGAAAGAUGACGAGGAACAGCUUAGAAAAGCUUUGGAGCUGUCUAAACAACUGAUCCUAGAUGAACACACCUCUGGUAUUACUGACAAGACCCCCUCAUUAGAUAAACAGGAGAAGAAAACUGUUGAUAUCUCUUUAGAAGACUCAUUAAAAGCUGCCAACACCAUUGAAUUAAGUGUGUUUGCGGGUUAUAGCUGUGACCUGAUUCGGGUGGACAUUGCCUUUGGUAAGAAGGUGAGUCAAAGGCAAGUGGAGGAGAAACUGGAGCACAGAACCAUAAGGCACAUGACUGAUUACCACCGUAAGUGUUUGGAGAUGAUCAAACGGAAACACGCCGUGGAGAUUGAAAUUCAGGGAACCAUUAUUGCGAUUUCUGGCUUCAAAGACUAUGUUGCCAGUGCCCUGUUGGGUACGACAUGA